CCGAGGCCCCCCCUGAGCCCCCCCCCCAAGGCCAGCACCAUGUCGGGUGAGGAGGAGUUCUACCUGUUCAAGAACGGGUCCCUCGGUGGCCCCUGGGACGGUCCCCAGUACCACAUCGCCCCACCAUGGGCCUUCUACCUGCAGACGGCCUUCAUGGGCUUCGCGUUCCUGGUGGGCACCCCCCUGAACGCCAUCGUGCUGGUGGUCACCAUCAAGUACAAGAAGCUGAGGCAGCCCCUCAACUACAUCCUGGUGAACAUCUCCUUCUGCGGGUUCCUCGCCUGCAUCUUCUGCAUCUUCACCGUCUUCGUCUCCAGCUCGCAGGGCUAUUUCGUCUUCGGCAAGCAUGUGUGUGCCUUUGAGGGCUUCAUGGGGGCCACCGCAGGGCUGGUCACGGGCUGGUCUUUGGCCUUCCUGGCCUUUGAGCGCUACAUGGUCAUCUGCAAGCCCCUGGGCAACUUCCGCUUCACCUCCAAGCACGCGCUGGUGGUCGUGGUGGCCACGUGGGUCAUCGGCAUCGGCGUCGCCAUCCCCCCCUUCUUCGGGUGGAGCAGGUACGUGCCCGAGGGGCUGCAGUGCUCCUGUGGCCCCGACUGGUACACGGUGGGCACCAAGUACCGCAGCGAGUACUACACGUGGUUCCUCUUCAUCUUCUGCUUCAUCGUGCCCCUGUCCCUCAUCAUCUUCUCCUACUCGCAGCUGCUGAGCGCCCUGCGCGCCGUGGCGGCGCAGCAGCAGGAGUCGGCCACGACGCAGAAGGCGGAGCGGGAGGUGUCGCGCAUGGUGGUGGUGAUGGUGGGGUCCUUCUGCCUCUGCUACGUGCCCUACGCGGCCCUGGCCAUGUACAUGGUGAACAACCGCGACCACGGCAUCGACCUGCGCCUGGUCACCAUCCCCGCCUUCUUCUCCAAGAGCUCCUGCAUCUACAACCCCAUCAUCUACUGCUUCAUGAACAAACAGUUCCGCGGCUGCAUCAUGGAGAUGGUCUGUGGGAAGCCCAUGACGGACGAGUCGGACGUGUCCAGCUCUGCCCAGAGGACCGAGGUCUCCUCCGUGUCCUCCAGCCAGGUCGGCCCCAGCUGAGGAGCCACCAGCCACGGCCCCCCCCUCGCUGUGGGGCUGGGGCCACCCCACGGCCGGCCUAGAUGUAGGUGCUGGUGGGACAAUAAACCACCACCAUGGUCCCAAA